AUGGCGAUGAUGAUGACCGGCCGUGUGCUGCUGGUGUGUGCCCUCUGCGUGCUGUGGUGCGUUGCCGGCGGUGUUCAUGCGAGGGACGUUGACACCAACGCACUGGGUGGCUGCAUGGCGUCGGGAGUGUUGGGUGAGAACGGAUCCCACAUGCCUGACGGAUGUAAUAAAACUGCGAUUACGGUGCCUUUGCGGUCAGUACUGCCCAUUACUGCCGUCGAAGCCUCGGCUGGAAAAGGUGGUUCUGCUGGUGCUACUGGUGCUUCUGGUGGACCUGGUCCUGGUGAUGCUGGAGGUUCUGGUGGUACACAGAAGAAUUCGAUUUCAAGUGAGACUUCCGACGCUGGUGGUAUCCAGAACAAUUCGCAUUCAAUGAAGACUUCCGACACUGGUGUUCCUCGUGGUGGAGAUUCUGAUGGUGGUUCUGCUGCUGGUGAAAAAGGCGGUUCUGGUGGUGGUGGCAGUGGAACUUCUACUGAUGGUCAUGGCACCGGCAGCGUUUCUUCUGGUCCUUCUGCUGUUCCCGCUCCUGCUCCUGCUGCUCCUCCUUCUGCUCCUGGUCAUUCUGGUGGUCCUUCCGCCCCUACUGAUGCUACUGGUGUUGACCCUUCAGCUAGCGGCAGUGAUGGUGAAGCGGGGUCCUCAGGCACUAAUUCAUCUAACACAACAGGAGAAUCUCCAACAGGAGAAUCUCCAACAGGAGAUCAGACGCCUGCUGCUGCAGAGGCUAACAACUCCACGCCAGCUGAAGGACCGGCAGGAACGACAUCCGGCAAUGGACACAAAGGACAGGAAAAAGAAGAAGAAGAAGAGAAAGAAGAAGAAAAUGAAAAUCAGCAGCAGAGUGAUGAAGCACAAGUCCAACAACAAGAGCAUGAACACCCCGCGGAAAACGGCGAAGAAUCCGCGAAAGAUAAAAACGCCCUUUGUACAAAUGCCACCGCAAAUACAGGCGACAGUGACGGCAGCACCGCGGUCUCCCACACCACCUCCCCUCUUUUUCCUCUUCUUGUUGUUGCGUGUGCGGCGGCUGCUGCGGUGGUGGCCGCGUGA